UUCUCUGAAUAUCACUUACAUUACAGUCUCUCUCCAAUUUUACAUAUCACCCAAGUUCUUGUUUUUCACAUUAACAAAAACUCUUUAAUUACAUCACAGUUUAUAUAUAUAUCAUAUCCUUCUCUGAAAAUCACGUAUAUUAUAGUUUUUCAGUUUUCAUAUCAUCCAAGUUCGUGUUUUUUCUUGCUAUUUUUAUAAAUAUGACAAACGCGAGAGGCGAAAAUGGAAGGGUGUUGGAAGAGAAAAAAGUUUUCCGGCGACAAAAACUUGGUACCCUUUUGUAUUCCGAUGAAACCAUUUUGAGUGAUAAAGACAAACAGAAAACUGAUACCUACCGUGGCAUUCAAAGCCGGCGGCGCCAGGAUAAGUCGCAACCCAAUAGCGGCAACGCUUCUCCCUAUUUCCUGUCGCCGUGGAAUCGACCCUCGCCUUAUGUGAAAUCCCCAUGGACGACUCGAGCUUCUUCCAUGGAGGUGUAUCCAUAUGAUUAUGAUGAUAACUUUGGAAAACAUGGCCUUAUCGGCUCUCUUGUUCGCAAAGAAGGCCAUAUAUAUUCUUUGGCCGCCUCCGGCGACUUGUUGUACACCGGAUCGGAGAGCAAGAACAUAAGGGUGUGGAAGAAUUUGAAGGAGUUUUCUGGGUUCAAAUCCGGCAGUGGGUUGGUCAAAGCCAUCGUAAUUUCCGGAGACAAGAUAUUCACCGGCCAUCAAGACGGCAAGAUUCGAGUAUGGAAACUAUCGGCAAAGAAUAAUCGGAAAGCAUACAAAAGGGUUGGUAAUUUACCGACCACCAGAGACUAUCUGAAAAGUUCCAUGCAUCCGAAGAACUACGUGGAAGUGAGAAGACGACGUAACGUUCCAUGGAUUAAACAUUUCGAUGCAGUCUCAUGCAUGAGCUUGGACGAAGAUCAAGGGUUUCUUUACUCGGGUUCUUGGGAUAGAACCCUAAAAGUGUGGAGACUCUCAGAUUCCAAGUGCUUGGAGUCCAUUAAUGUUCACGAUGAUGCUGUAAAUUCAGUAGUUGUGGGCUUUGACGGGUUGAUUUUCACUGGCUCAGCCGAUGGAACAGUGAAGGUUUGGAGGAGAGAAUUGGUGAGAAAGGCAACGAGGCAUGUUCUUGUACAGACAUUGAUGGAGCAAAAAAACGCUGUGACGGCGGUGGCGGUGAGCGCGGCGGCGGGGGUAGUGUACGCCGGGUCAUCAGCCGGACUGGUGAAUUUCUGGGAACGUAAGAAACAUUUUCUCUCUCAUGGUGGUGUGAUUAGGGGUCACAAACUGGCGGUGUUGUGCUUGGCCGUGGGUGGUAACUUGGUGGUGAGUGGCUCUACGGACAAGAGCAUAUGCGUGUGGAGGAGAGAGGAGGGUGGGGUCCAUAUGUGCGUCUCAGUGCUGACGGGGCAUGGUGGGCCCGUGAAGUGUUUGGCCAUUCAGGAGGAUCAUCAUGAUCAACGGUGGAUAGUGUACAGUGGGAGUUUGGACAAGUCUGUGAAGGUAUGGAGGGUUUCUGAACAUGCGCCUGAUUUUAAACUAUUGGAGGGGAUAGGAGGCGAGUGAGCAAUUGAGUUCACGCGCCGCCGGAUAUGGUGGUGGAGAGGGUGAAUUUGAAAGCGGUGCUGUUUUUCAGAGCAUUGUGGUUGUGCCGUGAGAUGGUCUUGGUCUCCGGCACCGAAGACUAGUUAACUUAUGAUCACUCCGUGACCGAAUAGCUGAACCCUCGGUCCAAGUUACCAUCCUAAAAUAGAAAUGAUAAGCAAAUAUAUAAGAGUCUCAAUGUUUAAUUAUAAGUUUCAAUAUCGAUUACGAUCGGCAACUUUUUAAGCUGAUAGUAAAACAUUGGGGAGGAUACCAUUUGUACAAUAAACCUU